AAGAAACAUUUCCUGUUUAAAGUCGAAACAGGGCAAAGAGCGAGAGGAACCUCCUCUCUCAUAGGAAUACAAAGAGAUGUUAGACAGCCAUACUAUUUGGAAUUUUUGUUCCUAACCUAAUCCGUUGGAACACCAACAGAAGUCCCUUCCUGGUUUUAUUUAAUAAAUACGUUUUUAGAGAGGUCGCUGCGUUAGCCAACGACUGGGACGAGUCAAAUGAGCGGAGCAGCAUUUCCGUCCCCGACUGUAGAGAUGGCGGAGAUCAACCGCAUUCAGUAUGAGCUGGAGUACACCGAGGGGAUCAGCCAGAAGAUGCGCAUCCCGCAGAUGCUCAAAGUGGCUCCUCAUUCACACGACGAGCCCGGUGAUGGUUUACAGGAAGUGCCCCCCAGCGUCAUAAUGCAAGUGCCAGACAGGAUCGUGAUUGCGGGAGAUGCCGCUGACUCCCACUUUCCCAGACCCAGAGACUUAGACCUCAUCCAGUCAACACCCCUUGAAUCUCUGGCACUGAAAACUCCUCCCAGAGUCCUGACCCUCAGUGAUCAACCUCUGUACUUCUUGGAAGAGGAGCAUCAGACAGCUCCAGAUACUGAGGAGGUGGUGCAGCCCCAGGGACGUUUAAGGCGGGAGCGUUCUGCCAGUGAGAAUGCAGCCGUCCGCCAACUAACUCAUAAUGAAUCUGCUACAACUUCGCACCCCCCGACCACUAACCAGUCACGCCCUUCCCUCAACAUGGCUGAAGAGCACAACGUGUACAGCGCUAGCGGUGUUCUGUCUUUCAUCCAGUCCACUACACGUCGGGCCUACCAGCAAGUCCUGGAGGUCUUGGAUGAGAACCCACGCAGCAAACCGUCUCUACGAGGGGGGUCAGGUUUGAGCUCCAACCCCUUGCCUGAUUCCAGGUUUGCAUUGUCGACAAAUGAAAGUUCCCUGGAAGGCCCAGCGGAUGACAUGACAGCAGUCGAUGCAACCACACUUCGACGCCAGCUCAUCAAGUUGAACAAGAGACUCAAACACUUGGAAGAUGAGAACAAGGAGAGAGCAAAGCGAGAAAUGAUUAUGUACUCGAUCAGUGUUGCUUUCUGGCUCGUCAACACCUGGGUGUGGAUGCGGCGUUAGAGCUCUGGAGUCUGUAUUCAAUAUAUUGGAUAUUAACUACUCGCUGCACCUUGUCCUUGUGGUAAAAUAUUUUGGGAUUUAUGAGACCUAACCUGCACAGGAAUUAUAUUUUGGGUUUUGUUUAUUUGACACAUGUACAGUUUUAUUUUUUUAUUUUUAUUUCAUCCUGUCCAUCCUGUUCUUGUUUUGCUUUUAUUCCAAACUUUUCUGCCCAGUCAUAAAUGAUUUGUAAAUAUUUGUUCAUGGCACCUAAAGCUGUGGGAGGACUUACAGAAGCAGUACGGCAUUGGUCUUAACCUACAGCGUGGAGACAUUUGCUAUGUGGUAACAUGUUAAAUAUUUAUUGCAGGGGGAGUAAUAUGUGACAUCACCUAGGAAAUGCAAUGUAAAAAAAAUUAAAGUAAUACAUGCAAAACA